CCCAAGGCCAGCGCGUACGUAUACGUUUUUUUGCGUACACGCUGCUAUUUUGGUUUGAAUACGACGUUUGCGCGUGUUAUCGCGCGGCAACAAGAAUCGCCAGCAUGACGUCGCUGGCCGAGUCGUUGGACAGCGUCGGCGAGCGCAUCGUCGACUGGGCGCUCGUCGGGUCGCCCGUGACGGACGCGCCCGUCCGGGGUUGGCCGCUGGCCAGGUUCUCGACGGCGCUCGCCAUCGCCGUGGCUUACCUCGCCUUCGUCGUGUUAGGCUCACUCUUCGCGCGCGCGACGCCGGGCGAGGGCGUCAAGUCGCGCGCGGCGCGGAAAUCAACAACCUCAAGCGUCAACUUCCACGCCGUCGAUGCGAGAUUCUCUUUGCAAUUGCGUCUGCUCGAUGCAGGGCUGACGAUCGAUUGCUGCGCGCAGGUUGUACGGCGUCGCGUUCCUGUACAACAUCUGCCAGGUCAUGCUCUGCUCCUACAUGUGCCUCGAAGCGGCCAUCGUGGCCCGGCGGCACGACUACAACUUGGUGUGCAAUUCCUUCAAGAGCGAGAACCCGCCCGUGGCGAACGUCCUCUGGCUCUUCUACGUGAGCAAGAUCCUGGAUUUCGUGGACACGUUCUUCAUCGUCAUCGGCAAAAAAUGGAAGCAGCUGAGCUUCCUGCACGUGUAUCACCAUACCACCAUCUUCCUCUUUUACUGGUUGAAUCUGCACGUGAACUACGACGGCGACAUCUAUUUGACGGUGGUCUUAAACGGGUUGAUCCACGCGAUCAUGUACACCUACUACUUCGUGAGCAUGCACACGCGUGACAUCUGGUGGAAGAAGUACCUCACGCUCGCGCAGCUCUUCCAGUUCACGUGCAUGAACGGCCAGGCCCUGGUCCUCUACGCGACGGGCUGCUCCGACGCGCCGCCGCGCGUCACGGGGUUGUACUUCGUCUACAUCGUCUCGCUCUUCGUGCUGUUCCUCCAGUUCUUCGUCGCGAGCUACGUACCCAAGGCGAAGGCGGCAUGAAUAUCCACGGCGGGACGGUGCGCUAUCUAGUUUUAACCACGUUAGGAAGAGGUGGUAGUUUUCUUAACUGCGAUGCGCGGAGACCUGGG